AUGCUUCGCCGUUCUCGCGUCACUCGCUUCAUCGUUCCGAGCAGCUCCUCCCCGGAGUUGCCACGGUUCCUGACCGAGAGAGAGAAGCCGAUCCUCUCCACCAGCGGCGACCUCUACGCAUUUGUGGUUGAGUAUGACCACCGCAGCACCAUACCCCGCUUGGGUCAUGGCCCCGUUCACAGCGACUUCUUUUCACGUUACUUGUUCAGCGGCUCACCUCUGGCUGGCGCCUUGACCGCCGGCGGUGUCGCUCUCUUCGUGCUCACUUUUGGGUACCACGUCGGCAAACCAGUUGUCGAUGCCCACCGCGAGCUCCUCUGGAAGAGGGCAGAUGCCGCCCACGACAAGCGCAGCCGUGAAAGCACAGAAGGGGCGGCGGCUGAGGAGAAGGGGAGGGACAGCCUCAGCCCAGUGGAAGAGUUCGACGACCUCAUCGAGGUGAAGGGAGAGGAGGGGUGGUCCCCUUCGCAUACAAAAACGGGGGCUUUUGAGAGUCACUCGCACCGCUCGCUCGACGUAGAAUGA